AUGGAGACACAUGAGCCAUAUCUAAGCGGCGAUCCAGAAUAUAAAAUGGUGCUUAUUGUCCGCAAUGAUCUUAAGAUGGGCAAGGGAAAAGCUUGCGCACAAUGUUCACAUGCUUCGCUCUCUGCAUACAUUCAAGCUCGUAAAGAUAAAGGUUUACUUAAAAAGUGGAUGAACUGUGGACAGCGGAAAGUGGUGCUCAAGGUGGACAGUGAACAAGAACUGUUGGAAGUUGUUCGGAAUGCAAAGCAAUCAGGCCUCAUCAGCGUUGUUAUUCAAGACGCUGGCCGGACGCAGGUAGAAAGCGGUACGCGAACGGUCGGUGGAAUUGGACCUGCCCGAGGAGAUCUCAUUGACAAAGUAACGGGCCACCUGAAACUCUUCUAA